CCUGUGACAGGAGAGGAUGAUGUUGAAGUGCUGCUAACUGCCAGACAGACACUUUAACAGUUGCUUCAAAAUGGCUGUGUUCUUGCAUUCUGGUAAACUGGAUAACAUCGCUGAAGUUGGUGAAUAUCAGCAGUUCCCCAGAUCUGAGCCAGUGGCUACUGCUGCUGCUACAAGGAGAACUCUAAAACCAAAUUUAAGACAUCUAAGUGUGGUUCUGCUGAGUUUUGGGAUACUGUGUGUCCUGCAAGCAGUUCUCAACAUCUCACUGAGAGUUGGUCUGAGUGAGUCCACUGAGAAAGGUAUGACAAAGGAAGAGACCUGUCCACAGGGCUGGCUUUUGCUGGGCUCCAGCUGUUACUAUGUCUCCUUGCAGCGCAGGAGCUGGGAUCUCAGCCGUCAGGACUGUCUGCUGAGAGACGCUGACCUGGUCAUCAUCAACAGCCGACAGGAACAGGAUUUCCUCACUGGUUUGGCCACGACUGUGUGGGUCGGCAUGACUGACAGACAGGAGGAAGGAAGUUGGAUCUGGGUGGAUGGAACGCCAGUAAACAAAGAUGGCAGCCUGCUGUGGGCCCUUGGACAGCCAGACAAUGCAUUUGGAGGAGAAGACUGUGGUGACCUUUGGGCAACAGAAACUUUCAAGGGUUUGAACGACUUCAACUGUAGUGCAAGAGCUCAGUGGAUCUGUGAGAAAACAAUAAGAUAGCUUAAACUUGCUGAGUAACUCAACUGGUUGAGCGGGCGACCCAUAAACAUGGACUAGUCCCCGACACAGGGAUCAUAUAUACACACACACACACACACACACAUAUAUAUAGAGUCGGGACAAAACAGGUUUAAAAAUCAUUUUUUAAAAAUCCACACUAUAUUAUUUAGAGUUAUAUAUUUCUGAAAAGAAAUGUCUUAGCUAUUCAACCAUGUAAAGGAACAGGUUCUAAAUAAAAACUAUUUUUUGAAAAAUAAACAUGUUUCCCUUUUGAACUUGAUCUGUGUCAACUCCGUCAGACACACUAAGAAGUGUACAAUUUUAAUUCUUUCAGUCCAAUAAGAAUCUAAAGUUCUGAAUUAUGUUGUAAUAGGGUUUAGUUACUCUGAUAUGUUAAAAAAAAAAAAAAAAACAUCAUGUAAACUGAAGUCGUGAUUUUACAUGAUUCUGAAAAGUCAGAUUUCUAGAUAUCUUCAUUUUCAAACUCGGUUUUUAAUUUUAAUAUUAUAAAAAACAAUUCCUUAAAUAAUUAUGACAUAAGAGGAUGUAGAUCAGAUGGUCCUUUAUUACAUGAACAACAUAAGCUGAAGAAAGAAUGAACAUUUUCAUUCAAAAAUUAACAAAACCUACAU